AUGGAUCCAGAAGAGAAGAUUGGAGGGAGACCUCAUAGAGCUCACAAAAGCUUUAAUUUUAUCACUACAAUGGAAUCUUGUGGUCUCACUGAUAUAGGUUAUGUAGGGGCUAAAUAUACUUGGUGCAAUAAUAGGAGACCAAGGAAGAGAAUAUGGAAAAGGCUAGACAGAAUUCUUGUUAAUGACCAAUGGUCACAGAAAUUUCAGCACAACUAUGUAAGACACUUAAUGAGGACAGGUUCUGAUCAUAGGCCUUUACUCAUGAAGUGUCAUAAUGAGCAACAAAAGGUUAGUGGUAAUGCAAUGUGGAGAUUGAAGAGUAAGUUGCAAACAUUGAGCAGGAAACUUGGUCAGUGGUCUAGAGAAAGCAUUGGAGACAUAUAUGAACAAUUAAAUAGUUGGGAAUCUAAGGUACAACAACUGGAAGAGCUAGAUCUCCAACAAAAUACAGAAGAUAGCAGAGAAGAGCUGAAUAAAGCUCAUGCAGAAUAUGUGAAAUGGAUGGGAUUACAGAAAACUUUGCUCAAACAAAAAUCUCAGGCCACUAUUACGGAUCAUUCACUUUUGGAUUGCAUUCCUAGAAUUAUUUCUGUAGAAGAUAAUGAGCUAUUAACAUCUAUUCCUAGUAUCAUUGAAGUUAGAGAAGCAAUUUUUAAGCUUAAUGCUUACAGUGCUGCCGGCCUUGAUAGUUUUAAUUGGGUAUUUUUUCAAAAAUGUUGGGAGAUCAUCAAGGAGGAUAUAAUGGACUUUGUUCGCGAGUUCUUCAAUGGCAAGAAUUUAACCAAGUUUUAUUCUCAUACAUGCUUGGUACUUAUACCCAACGUAGAAUCUCCUUCAAACUUUUCAGAAUUAAGGCCUAUCAGUCUAACAAAUUUUACGACUAAGAUCAUUUCAAAGAUCUUGGCUGAAAGGUUAAACCAUAUUUUGUCUAAGUUGAUAUCUGACAAUCAAAGUGGCUUUAUGAAGGGCAGAUUAAUUACUGAAAAUGUGAUGUUAGCUCAAGAAAUUAUUCAGGGAAUCAGCAAAGAGAACAGAGGAGGCAAUAUCGUCAUUAAACUUGACAUGGAAAAAGCUUAUGAUAGAAUGUCUUGGUCUUUUAUUCUUCAGUUCUCGAAAAUUUCCAGAAUCUGGUUUCGGAGUCCUCUGUGUCGUUUGAAGAGUUUUAGUGAGGUUGAAGAGCCAGAUUAA